AUGGCACUUCUCCAAAAUUUCAAUACACAUUCAUUAAGAUCAACCAGAGGUUUUAAUUUAAAACAAACAUCACCAAUAUCAUCACCAAAUCCAAUUCAUAAUUCAGUAUUACCUCAAACUUCAAAUAACCAAAAUCAAAAUCCAUAUCAAACUAUAAAUUUACAACCUUCAACUUCAACACAACAAGUUUCAACACAUAAAGAUAUUCGAAAUUAUGCUGAACAAACUUUAGGAUCUGAUAAUGCAUUAAUUCAAGCUGUAAAAUUGCCAAGAGAUGAAGAUUUAAAUGAAUGGUUAGCAAUUCAUGUAGUUGAUUUUUAUAAUCAAAUUAAUAUGUUAUAUGGUACAAUCACAGAAUUUUGUUCACCAAAAACAUGUCCAAGAAUGAUAGCAACCGAAGAAUAUGAAUAUUUAUGGCAAGAAUCAAAUACAAAUAACCAUACAGAUUUAAAUAAUUCAAUUUCAUCACCAAAAAGACCAAUUUCAUUACCUGCUUGUGAAUAUAUUGAAAAUUUAAUGAAUUGGGUACAAAAUUUUUUUGAUAAUGAUAAUAUAUUUCCUUCAAAAAUUGGUUCACCAUUUCCACAUCAAUUUCCAACAUUAGUUAAAACUAUAUUUAAAAGAUUAUUUAGAAUUUAUGCCCAUAUUUAUUGUCAUCAUUUUCAUGAAAUUAGUGAAUUAGGAUUACAAAGUCAUUUAAAUACAAGUUUAAAACAUUACGUAUUAUUUGCAAAUGAAUUUCAAUUAAUAAGUCAAAAAGAUUAUGGACCAUUGGAAGAUUUGGUAGAUACAAUGUUAAAUAAAUAA